CCAGAGGGAGUGUCGCCACAGAGGCUCCAUUAAAGGUUGUCUCCUUCGGUCCCUCCUUUCUUCCUCACCUCGGUCACGCUGUCAUUAUUCGCCGGCUCCCCGAGCCCUGACAGAAAAGCCUAAUAAAAUGAAGAUCUGGGCGUCAGAGCACAUUUUCAACCAUCCAUGGGAGACGGUGACCAAGGCAGCAAUGCAGAAGUACCCCAACCCCAUGAACCCUGGUGUGUUCGGUGUGGAUGUUCUUAACAGAAGUGUGGACACAGAGGGACGGUUACACAGCAGCAGACUGCUCAGCACAGAGUGGGGGCUCCCGGCAAUGGCCAAGUCUAUUAUCGGGGUAACAAGAACAUGCACUUAUGUUCAGGAACAUUCAGUGGUGGACCCUAAAGAGAAGACCUUUGAGCUGAAAUCUACAAAUAUCUCCUUCACUAACCUGGUAUCUGUGGACGAGAAGUUGACAUACAAACCACAUCCGCAGGAUCCUGAAAAGACGGUGCUGACGCAGGAGGCUCUGAUCAGCGUGAAAGGUGUCAGUCUGAGCAGCUACCUCGAGGGCCUCAUGGCGAAGACUAUCUCGGUCAAUGCCGGCAAGGGUCGGGAGGCAAUGGAGUGGGUCAUCAGACGGUUAAACACAGAAAUCGAGGAGUUGGCGGCGACCGCUCGUGGCAGUAUACGCGUGCCAAUGGCAGCAGCUGUUGCAGACAAAUGAUCCCGGCCUUCCCCCACAGAACUGAUGGACCUCUCAGACAUUUCCUCUCACCUCACCUGCCAGCACAGCCUAAUAACCACAGCCCCAUCUUUUGGCCCUUUGUAUGGUUUUUUUUUGUGUGUGUGUGUGUGAACGUCGCAAGAUCUCACAGUUCGUGCCCCCCAGCAGUCUGCUCCGACGAGUAUGAUACUUAACCGUGGCUGUGGGCAGUGACGGGCAGCGUUGAGCUGAUGACAGUUAAAAAGAACAAACAGGGUCGAAUUGGACUGCACUUGAAGCUCAUAGGACUUAGUCUUGUGAUGAUGAAGCUUUUUUUUAAAUAUUCACACUGUGCCUCCACAUCUCAUCAGUAUCCUCCUUUUUGUUUCGCCUUUCUUUCACUUUCUCCAAUCUUUCACUCUUCAUCGCUCCUGCAGAGACUGACACUGAAAGUCUACCAAUUUUCUGAGUGAGUGUGUACAACUCAUAUUCGUGGGUGCAGGAUGAAGACCAGCCAAGGCUUGUUACUUACUGAAAGUCUCCAGGCCUUUUUGUUUGAUUCAGCGUAGCUAAAGAUGUCAGCAUUGUGAACUGGUCUUCUCUGGUCUUGCCCUUGGUACAAAUGUCUCCAUUGCUUAAAGUAUUUAUUUCCUUUAUCAUUGUUUUCUCUCACUGGUGAUGUGCUGCAUAGUCAAGUGUUACAGUCUAAGAAUGUGCGUACUUGAAUGUUUAACUUAUUUUCAGCUGCAAAAUGAGUGUGCUAUGAACGUUCUCCAGUGUUGCAGGAGGAGAUUUAGAGGGUUACUUUCAGGACUACUGUGUGUGCCAAGAUUAAAUGUGAAAGACUUAAUCAACCUGGUUUAAUACUGAAAAACACUUUCAGACUGUAUUAAUGAUAGUGUACAAACCCACUCUGUACUUCAUACUGUCUAUAGAUGACAGUGUUAUUAGUAGUGCAUUUGUAUUGGUGAACAUUGACGAAGGCUGUUAAAUUGCUCGUGGUGUUUUUAUACAACAUUUCCCUUUUCUUAUCCCACAGCAGACUCUCAGGUGCUACAUAGCUGACCUUUGUUCGGUUUCCCUGUUAGCUCGUUAAGACCAAAUUAAGAUGGAGGCCACAUACCAGCCCUGUAAUUCUUAUGUUUGUGCUUCCUUUUUUAUCUUCUCUCCAGAAAUUUAAAUAAGGACAGUUCUACAAAUGAAAGUUUACAUUCAAAACGGUUUGUGGAACAACUAAAGCUGUUCUAGUGUUACAAUAAGGAAGCUCAGCAUCACAAGUCUUCCUCCACAGUCAGUAUCUUGCUCUGCUGUCAUGGUCGAAGUUAAAUCUGUAGGUCUUUGUAUCUGCAGCAUGCCGGUCCUUGUCACAGCUGCCUCCAAUUAGCUUCAUCUAUAAAAUCUUUUUCAGAAUUAACUGUCUGUUGUCGUGUAGCGUCCAGCGCGGGAUGGUUUCUUAUUGUCUUCUGCAUAACUGACCGAUCAGCCAGUCAGUGUCCGGAGAGUGUCUCCUCUCAUGAACAAAGUGUCUUUUUUUUUCUUGUUCAAUGGGGGAACAUUUUAGGAACAGUGGCAGUAUAUAGGCUUAUAUUUAUAUUUUGGUGGUGUUACAUUCCAAGAAUGUCAACAGUCUAAAGAGUGCACACUGAAAUGAUUCAAAAAAUAAAGAGAUGUCAUUGUUUCAAGGA